AUGCCUAGAACUUCCCAAGCUAGUGUGUUCUUGUUCAACUCCACCCCUAAGUUUCACGCUCUUACAUCAAGGACUUCCUCCUACAACAACAAGUCUCUGUCCACAAAAGCACAUGCAUCAUCUGACAACAACAAGAACCCACAUGUGAAGAAUGUCUCCAAAGUGACCAUCAUUGGUUCUCCUCUUGGGAUUGGACCAGCUUUGUCAACUUCUCUCAAGGAAAGCCCAUUGGUCUCAUCGCUUCGUUUUUACUCGAUAGGAAGUUCUGACCACCUAAAGGCAUGUCUUGAUGCUAGCCUUUCUCAGGAUCAUCUCAGUGGGUUGGAGGAAGCACUAAAGCACACUAACGUGGUUGUGAUUGCCACUCCUUUUCCAAUGGCAGAAGGAACGCUAGAAGACAACUUCACUGCCAAUGGGAUGAUGGUGAGAGCAUGUGUUGAGGAAGUGGCUGCUCACUGCCCCGAUGCUUUCAUCCUCAUGUCAAACCGCAACCUCAACUCCAUUGUACCAAUGGCUGCGGAGGUCUUGAAGCAAAGAGGGGUUUUAUGA